UUUAACCUCGGAUUCCGGUUUUGGCAUGUUUACCAUUGGUAGUAGAAAAAAAGGAAAAUAUCUAGCCUAGGAUGGGGGUGAGGAUUAAUCAAUAUUUGCGAGAUCUGGUGAAAUCGACCAUAUACGAUCAUGCCUUGGUUGACGACGUCUCUACUGACAGUGGCGGUGUGCGUCCUGACCUACGCCGUCUACAGGACGAAGAAGAUUUACAGGACGUGGAAGGAUCGAGGGGUGAAACACGAGGAACCGGUGCUAUUCCUAGGAAACUUUCUGAGGACGCUGACGAAGAAAGCAUCCCACGGCGAGAGGCUGAAAGAAGUGUGCGACAUGUUUCCAGCCGAGAAGAUAGUCGGCUUCUACGAAUUCCUCCGGCCAGUCCUCGUUGUCAAAGACCCGGAAUGCGUCGAGGCUGUGCUUAUCAAAGAUUUCAACCAUUUCUACGACCACGGGUUCGAAGUGGACGAAAAGUUCAACCCUAUCGAUGCCAACCUUUUCACCAUGUCCGGAAGAAGGUGGAGGGCUUACAGGACGAAGUUGUCGCCGAUAUUCACAACAGGGAAGUUGAAAUCCAUGUACGGACUUAUGACGGACAUCGGUGAAGAUUUGAUGAAGGCGAUAAACAGAGAGAAAAAGGAAUGCAUGGAGUUGAAAGACGUCCUGGGACGUUUCGCCAUGGACGUGAUUGGUUCAUUCGCGUUCGGAUUCGACUCCGGCACCCUGGCCGAUCCCGAGUCCAAAUUCAGAAAAAUGGGCAAAAGAGUAUUCGAGUUCAACGUAGCUAAGUUCCUCAAGUUCAUGUUCAUCUUUAACUUCCCGUAUCUAGCCAAGAGGCUCGGCCUCUCCUUCAACGACAAACGGGUCCAGGAAUAUUUCGUCGGAAUCAUCAAAGACGCGAUAAGGCUCAGGACCGAGGGAAAGACGAAGAGGAAGGAUUUCCUCGAUUUGAUGCUCCAGCUGAGGGAAAAAGGUUCGGUCGAGUUGACCUCAAGAGACCCGGGAGACGGCUACUUGGACAUCUCGGACAACUACACGACAGACAAAUUCGAAGUGACAGAUGAUCUGAUGGUCGGGCAGGCUUUCGUUUUCCUCACGGCUGGUUUCGAGGCAACAGCGGCGACCAUGAAUCUAGCAUUUUACGAAUUGUCCAAGAAUCCCGGAAUACAGGAACGAGUCAGGGAGGAGAUAAAUGAAAAAGUACGAGAACAAGGCAUCCUCAGCUUCGACGCCGUCAAGGACAUGGCCUACCUGGAUAUGUGCUUGAAAGAGACGAUGAGGAAAUACCCGCCGGCCCAGGUGCUCUUCAGAAACUGCACGAAAGAGUUCACAUUUCCCAACGGCCUCGUCGUCAAACAGGGCGAGAAAUUAAUUAUUCCGGUUUUUUCCAUUCAUCGCAGCCACGAGUACUACCCUGACCCGGUGAAGUUCGACCCUGAACGCUUCGGACCGGAUUCGUUCCAGAAACCCUGCACAUUCAUGCCAUUCGGCGAAGGGCCGAGAACAUGCAUAGCAAUGAGGUUCGCCUUGCAGCAGAUGAAGUUCUGCAUAGCCAAGAUACUCAUGUUCUACAGGAUCAAACUGAACGCCAAAUCGAAAACCCCCAUUGAACUGAGUAAAAAGACAUUCAUAACAUCAACAAAAGACCCUCUGUACUUCGAUCUGGAAAAAGUCACCUCUUAAAAAUAAUAAUUUAUAAAUUAUACACCUAC